CGCAAAGGUGAGGAAGGAUGGCGUAUCAAAUGUCUUAAGGACAGCCUAUGAUGCAAGGGAACAGAGUGUAUCCGAUGAAUCCGAAUGUCCAAGGGGUUGUCACGUGUCACAUCUGCGGGAAAACAGGGCAUUACGCGCGGAACUGCUGGUCCGUGGGAAACGGGAGAGUACUCCAGGAUCAACAGACAUGUGUGCAAAACGAUGAGGAGAAGAAUGAGAUGCGGGAGUAUUUUAGAAAGAAGAUUAAGAAACAAAAGAUAGAGGAAGAAAUGAGGGAGAAGGAAGCCCAGGAGAAGAAACGGAAAGAGGAAGAGGACAGGAAGGAAGCCGACAGACUCCGAGAAGCCGAAGCACGGGAAACGAAGCUUGAAGCCAAGAUCGUUCGAAUGUUGACUCAGCAAAGCAAGGUAAGGCUGGAGCACGGAAAGAUGGAGGACCUCCGUCUGGCUAUGAGGAACAGAGCGCAAAGAUUUGAGAUCGAACAUCAGCGGUGGGAGGUGCCAAUUGAAGAUAAUGUGAUUAGACGUUUCAUGCUGUGUGUGCUGCAGGGAGAAUGCCCGUGGGCGAAGAAGUGGGUGGAGGUGAUGAAUGGCCAAGGAGCGAAUCACGACGAACGAUGCGGGUUCGGAAUUGCUGACCCUCUGGCGGUGGAAAAAUCACCAAUCUCUAGGCUCUCUCCAUCCUUGAAUACGUGGGGGAGAGUGGAAGCAGGGGGAAAGUUAAGAAAGAACAAAAAGAGGAAGGGGAAGAGGGAAAGGGGAAAGAGAUCAACAUGUGGGAGGCAAGGAAGUGUGGUCACAUUCAACCAAGAGGCGCAGGUGAUCAAGUUGAUGAAGAGGCUCAGUGAAUCGGGAGGCAGGCAUAUACUUACAUCUAGCGGUGGAGAGAUAUGUGCGGAAAAGUGGGUUGUGAUCAGAAGUAAGAUAGGGGGAUGUAUCCUAAAGAGUAGAGGGGAGCAAAGGACGCUGAAGGAGUGGAAAAAAGAGUUCGAGAAUGGAGGGAUGUUCGAGGUGGUAAAGAUCAAGAUCGUCCCAUCAAGUGUAGAGAAUAGGAAGAACUGUUUGAAGGAUGUGUUGAGGCAGCCUUGGAGGAUUAGGGCGAUGUACAGCCGGACCGCGACGACGUUUGCUGCGAAAACAACGAGGCAGAAAUUGAAGAUCGGUCUGGCCAGAGUGGUGAAGUCGAAGUUCGGGUAUGAUCUGCGGAAGAGGCCUAUCGUAAGGGUACCGUUCUCCACGAACUUAAAAGGAGGGGAAGUUAGGAAUGUGGUUGCGACGAUAGUCAGGAAGAUGGUGAAUGACCCCUAUAUUGGAAGCUAUGUCUCGGACAAGACGAGCGUACUGUAGGCGAAGAGAAGGACGGUGGCGCAUGCAAUGCAC